AUGAAGGAUAUCAAAAGAAGGAGUUACUCCUUACACCCCCAUGAACUUGUUCUUAUGGAUGCUUCUGGAAAUUCUCUUCUCACUCUACGUCGUCACAGGAAACUUGGUUUGAUAGACAAUUGGUGUGUGUUCGAAGGAGACUUAGGGAACCAUGGUACGAGGAGAACAAGAACAUGCAGGAUAAGGAAGAGUCCAGUUUGUAGUGUAACCAAGAGUGUAAAUAUUCUAAACGGCAAUUUUAAUGUUCAAGCAUAUGUGUAUCGUGUAGCUUCUGGUUCGGAUAAACGUCGUGCAGCAUUUACGGUUGAAGGUUCAUAUACACAAAGAACGUGUAAAGUGUUGGAUGAGUGCAAGAAAGCCGUAGCUGAAAUCAAGAGAAAAGAGACCAAUACCAAGGAUGUGUCUUUUGGGGUUGAGAUUUUUCAGUUAGUUGUUAAUCCAGGGUUUGAUCCUAGUUUUGCUAUGGCACUUGUUUUAGUACUAGAUCAAAUGUUUUCGUAA